AGGAAAAAGUAUUCCAGAAGCCGAGAAAAUUAUUUCUCAGACAUCUAGUGACAAGCAGAAAAAAAUGUUCACGUACAUUGGGCUUCAUUCAAAUGGACAAAAAUCUCGUCCCGGCCACAGACAUGAUCCGAAUUCCGCCAUUUUCCAAUUCCUUCAGACUCCAGGAACUCGAGCCUUCAACUCCUUCCUCUUCAACUGUAAUCCCUUAGGGAUGAAGACUGCUUCUGGAGAUAAAUUGCGAGCUAUGAUUGCACAGGCAGAAGUCCGCAUGAGGGAAUUGGAAGCUUUGUUAAUUACAUUUCAGGGUAAGCGUCAGAAGCUGCCGUUUGACGGGAUGCAGCAGAUGUCGAUAAAUAAGAAAAUAGAGCCCCUACGAACUGAACUGAAGAAGCAGGCAUCUGACUUGUGCAAAACUGCUCAAUUAUUCGAUUUCUCGAAAAGUGGAAGGAAGGCUACCCCUAAGGCUGGGUGUCUGUCUGGGGCAGACCUUCCUUUCUUCAUAAUUAAUGAAAUUAAAAUUUAAUUUCUUAGAAAUUAAUUUCAGUUUGUGUAAGACUUUAAUACAGCUUUUGAAUGAACUUUGAAAUUAGUCAAGUGAAAGAAAACAUUGGUGUUAAUUAUUUUAUUUAUUGCUCGUUGUCUCUUCCUGUCCUUCUGCCAAUGUUGUAACCAACACCAACACAAAUCAUCAUUUUUAUUAACAUGUGAAAUAAAUACUCCAAAGCUA